AUGAGGCCAAAAGCCGUCUGGCGGGCUCAUGAAAAUGCGAUACUCGCCAUCAGAGGUUGGGGAAACGACAAAAUUAUCACUCACGGCCGAGACCACCGCCUUGUUGUAUGGCAACUACGGCUAGAGGAUGAACAAACCUUAGCGAGUGUGUCGCCACUCCAACUCACAGGCGACACACCUCCGCAGCCGUGGAUGCUGCAUAUUUUGGAUGUCAACACGAUGAAUUUCUGCGCCUUUGCUGGAUGCCCGAAUAUCCCAGGAUCCAAUACGACUUUGGUAGACGACAGCAGUGGGACUAUUCUUGUUGCCGUGCCAAAUGCGCUGUUAGCCGAGUCAAUCGACAUAUUUGAACUACCGAGUCAAAGACGUGUUCAUACAGUCAAGCCUGGCGGAAAACACGGCAUGGCCAUGACUCUCGCCGUUCUCUACAAGGAAAGAAACUUGGUUCUGAUUGCUGGCUUCGAGAAUGGCAUGUGCUCAGUCUUUGUUCUCUACGAGAACGCGCACGAGUGGAUUACGACGUAUCGCGGCCAGUCGCAUUCACAGCCUGUAUUGUCACUCGAUGUUGACGCGCAGGGCGAAUAUUUCAUCUCGUCCGCCGCCGACUCUUUAAUAGUGAAGCACCCCAUACCUAUCUCCUCGCAGACUAUACUACCGAACGCCACGGCUUCGGUGCAAAACAUCGCGGCGACAGACGAAGCUACAUCUGCACCGCCAACUGCCAUUACCGGCAUUGGGGCACUGUUUGCUAGCCAGGCCAAGACUAGCAGUAUCGGAAAACUCGGCAAAAAGGCCUGGGAGGAUCCCAUCAAGGUGGCAAACACGAAGCAUUCCGGGCAGCAGAGCCUGACUAUUCGCUCAGAUGGCCGUGUAUUUGCGACCGCCGGCUGGGACUCAAAAAUCCGCGUCUAUGCGACCAAGUCUCUCAAAGAGCUUGCCGUUCUCAAAUGGCACCAAGUUGGUGUCUACGCUACAGCAUUUGCUCAAAUGAAACCGCAGACAGGUUCGGCCUCGGCAGAUAGUGGUAAGAGACUACAGAAUUCGCCACCAACACAAGAAGAUGUACCAGAUGCCGUCGUUCCCACCCCUGGUGAGGCUGUGGAAAUGGGGGUUAUGACUGUCAAGGAUAGGCGGUUACGCCGUGCGAAGAACACCCAUUGGGUGGUCGCAGGAGCCAAAGAUGGUAAACUGAGUCUUUGGGAUAUAUAUUAA